AUGAGAGCUUUGGCACUCAAGGAUCCACAGAGACUGAGAGAAGUGGAGCAGUUGCAGGCUCAAGUUAUGGCUAUAAGUAAAAAGUGUAUCGGACCAGAGCAUCCAGAUACGCUAAACAGCAUGUCCAACCUGGCAGCCACGUAUCAGGAACAGCAACGGUGGGUGGAAGCUGAGCAGCUUAUGCGAGAGGUCUUGGUCAUUUCGGAACGGCGCCUGGGACACAACCACCCCGACAACAUAUCGAACCUCGGACACUUGGCAGUGAAUCUGAAUCACCAGAAACGGUGGACGGAUGCAGAAAACCUGCUCGUCCAAGCUCAAGAGCUUUCGUUAAAAGUUCAUGGUGUAGAUCAUCAGCAACGUCUUACAAUCAUGGGAAAUCUUGCAGAAGUAUAUCGGAAACAGGAUAAAUUAGCAGAAGCCGAGAUAUUGGCUCACGAAGUUCUGGAGCGACGAUCACACCUCUUUGGUUUCAACCAUCCGGAUACAAUAACAAGCAUGAUCAGCCUAGCGGUCACGUACUGGCUCGAAGGUCGGCUCGGUGAUGCAACGGACUUGUACUGGGACGCCGUCAGUGUGAGUAUCGAGGUCCAUGGAGCAAAGCAUCCGCAGACACUACGGAUCUCCCACGACUUGGCAGUUUGUCUCCAUGGACAGGGGUCGCACGAAGAUGCUGUUGCUCUAAUGAAAGAAGUCGUUGCGCAAAGAGAUGCUACGGGCAUAGACUCGACGACAUCAAAUCAGUUUCUUCACACUUGGCGGUGA